GAUAAUAUUAUAUAUUGUACUUGCGUCUGUGUGUGGAACUCAACCUACGACCAGUGGAAUCGAAACAGGAACACACACACUCACGUUGCAAAGCAACCAUGGUGGAACCAAUCUGGUACACACUCAUCCUCUCAACCCUCACUCUCACACUCACUCUCUCCACCGCAACACCACCACUUAACCCCGCCGUCAACCACUUCCAACAAUACCUCCGAAUCAACACCGCCCACCCAGACCCAGACUACACCACCGCAGUCUCCUUCCUCAACAACUUAGCCACAUCCAUCCCCAACCUCCAAACCCGAACCCUCCACCUAACCACCCCUAACAAACCUCUGCUUCUAGUCACUCUCCCCGGCUCCAACCCAUCACUCCCCUCAGUCCUACUCAACUCCCACCUUGACUCUGUCCCUGCUGAACCAUCCAAAUGGUCCCACCCCCCUUUUUCCGCUCUCAAAACCCCUGAUGGUAAAAUAUAUGCUAGAGGUGCACAGGAUGAUAAGUCUAUAGCUAUCCAGUACUUAGAAGCUAUUAGAAACAUUUUUCAACAAGAUCCCGGGUUUACACCGGUUCGAACGCUUCAUAUAUGUUAUGUCCCUGAUGAGGAGAUUGGUGGAUUCGAUGGGAUGGAUAAGUUUGCGGAGUCUAACCAGUUUAAGGAAAUGAAUGUUGGGUUUUUUCUAGAUGAGGGGCAGGCGUCGACCAACAACGAGUAUCGCGUGUUUUACGCGGAUCGGUCGCCUUGGGAUCUUGUUAUCAAGGCUACGGGCAAGCCGGGUCAUGGGUCCAGGAUGUAUGAUAAUAGCGCGAUGGAGAAUUUGAUGAAGAGUGUUGAGGUUGUGUCUAAGUUUAGGGAGAAUCAGUUUGAUUUGGUUAAGGCUGGUGUGUUGCCCAACUCUGAGGUUAUUUCGGCUAAUCCGGUUUAUUUAAAAGCGGGGAUUGAUUCUGGUGAUGGUAAGUUUGUGAUGAAUGUGCAGCCUUCUGAGGCGGAAGCGGGGUAUAAUAUUCGGUUGCCGCCAACUGCUGAUCCGGAUUUGUUGAAGAAACGGAUUGCUGAUGAGUGGGCGCCUGCGACAAGGAAUAUGAGUUAUCAUAUUGUUGAGAAAGGACCGCUGAGGGAUUAUAAGGGGCGGCCUUUGAUAACUGCGACGAAUGAUUCAAAUCCUUGGUGGACGGUUUUUAAAAAUGCUGUUGAGGCCUGCGGUGGGAAGCUUUCGAAACCGGAGAUAUUGGCUUCUACUACGGAUGCUAGGUAUAUGCGGGUACGUGGUAUUCCGUCACUUGGUUUUUCUCCUAUGAAGAACACUCCAAUUUUACUGCAUGAGCAUAAUGAGUUUUUGAAGGAUGCAGUCUUUUUGGAGGGAAUUAAGGUAUAUGAAUCCAUUAUUAAGGCAUUCAGUUCCUUUGAAGGGGCCACACCUUAAUACAGAUACUAGAUUGAAUAGUGGACCAUGGUCUUAUGUCAAUUUCCCUGAAUUUUGUUUCAACCUUUGUUUGAAUUUCAUGUCUCAUUGUUGUAUAAUGUAGUGACAGGUUGUCUGUAUAACAAAAUAACAAGGUGGUUUAUGCCUUUUGGCUUGUUUUGUAAUGGAUAUUAAUCAGCAGAAUGGUAUUUUUGAGUCGGAA